CGCACUCCGUAUUGGUAGUCCCGCUUGAUUCUCGUCUUUGAACGUUGCGAGCAUGGCGGCGGCCGCGCGAAAGACCGCAGGAUCAAGCACACAAGCCGAAAUCAUCCUGCUACCAUCCCUCAAGAAUUGCUUGCUGAACCUACCUUCUUCGCUUGUGGCAUUACUACUGAACUCGAACACGAUCGCGCAGAACGUCGUGGUUGAGCUUAGCUACAGGCAGGCUACACCGGCCGGCGCAGAUGCGAAGCAGAAGAAUGCGGCGGCAUCAAAGUCGGUGUUCUUGGGUUGGACGGGUAUGCAGUCUCAGCCCAGACUCGCGCCGAUGGUUGGCAGAGACGGUAUAGCGGGCAUUAGAGGUGGGGGGAGGCAGGAGCAAGAGGCGCCCACGGUGGAGAUGGACGCUACGUUUGGCAGACUACUGGGGCUUAGUGAGGGUUUCAAAGUCAGUAUAUCACUGCACGUAGACCCACCUCAAGCGCACACAAUCAACAUCGAUCCUCUCACCGCCACUGACUGGGAAAUCAUCGAGCUGCAUUCGCACUUCUUAGAGAUGAACUUCCUCAGCCAGGUUCGCGCUCUACCGAAUCCUGCUACUGGACAGUCACAUCCUAUCACCUUGCAUCUGACUGCGACGUCGACAGCGAAUGUGGUUGUAACGUCUCUCGUCCCGACACCAUCCACAGGACAAGCGUUCGUUAAGAUUGCGCCUGAUGCGGAGGUCAUUGUAGCCCCAAAAACGCGCCAGUCUGCCCGACCAGGUAGUGCGAGAGAUAGCCGUAGUGUGGCUAGUACCAGUCGGCGCAGCGAAGGCGGACGUAGUAGUAGGAGUGCGGCCCGCCAUCGCAGUGCGCCCGACGAGGAGAAGGCACGGCCACCGAUCUUCCUGCGUGGAGUUACUCGGGCGCUUGAAACUGAGUGGUUCGAAGAUGCUGGCGAGGAGAUGCAGGAUGAAGGUCUCAGAGUCUGGCUCGAUCCGGAGCACCUUCUGUCGAAAACGCUGCGGGGCGUGACUUGGGUUACCGUCACACUGAUCAGACCGGCUGGUUUACAAGAACCGAUUGACCCGCAAGCUCAACCACUGCAGGACUCAUUGCCUGCAUUGAGAAUCGUUGCUAAGCUGAGUGCCUGGGACGAUGCUCCGGAUGUUCACCACGCCGCUCUCUCCACCCUGCUCUGCGCCACUCUUGGUGCGGAAGGCCUCGUAGGCGGUGUCGUCCGCAUCGAUCCUGCUCCGUCACCUUUACCAAGGACAGCUUCUGCGCUGAAGGAGCCAUCGCAGCAGGCGAGCAAAGACGCCAUCGUCAAGAAAUUGCGCGUCACGCCUUUCAUCUCAACCGGAUCACAACACAAAGCUGCAGACUUCAGAUUCGGCGGCGAGUCAAAAGCUGAGCGCGAGCAGGCUGCGCAGCGCAUCAGGUCGACUUUCGGCAAGUCCUUGUUCGAAGGCCCUCUAAUGGACGGCAUGUUUCUGGCACCUCAAGCGGACGGCUGGCCAGGCGGUAUCCUUGACUUCGAGCCAUCUCCGCCGGGUGAUCCUUCACGGACGAAGACCAACUGGCUGCUAGGCGGAGACAGGAAGCUAGAAGUUAUGGUACAGCCCGAGACGCCGCGGCCGAAGGUGCCGCAACCGCCUGGCGAGCCGUUGCCUCAUCGGGAGCCUGCGAUGGUUGGCAUUGAAACGUUACUUGAGCGGACACGGGCCAACCUGCUGCAUUCGUCUUCGGUGCUGGUCACGGGUGGACUAGGAGCGGGAAAGACGAGUCUCGCGCACUUGCUUGCGCAUCAGUUGCGCAGGGAAUAUCUUUACCAGAUCAUAUACUUCCCGUGUCGGACGCUGGUCACGGAUGAGACCCGGGUGAAGUCGAUCAAGGAGACUCUGAACCGGGUCUUCGCCUCUGCUGCUUGGGGAGCGCGACUUGGCGGACGCUCGCUUGUAGUGCUGGACGACUUGGAUAGAUUGUGUCCUGUCGAGACGGAGCUGCAGGUUGAUGCCAAUGGGCGGAGUAGGCAAGUUAGUGAGCUGCUUUGCACAAUUGCGAGACAGUACUGUGGGCGCGAGUGUCGGGUUGUGCUGCUCGCAACUGCGCUGAGUAAGGAGGCUAUAAAUUCUGUGGUAAUUGGUGGACAUGUGGUGAAGGACAUCAUGGCUUUGAAGGCACCGAGUAAGGAUGGUAGACGGCAAGUAUUGGAGAUGCUACUAAAGCCGCAACCACCGACAGGAGAGAAUGGGGAGGUCAACGGUACUAGCAGCGCCUGGAUGGAAGACUCGGACGAGAAUCGACCUACCUCCGCCGAUGGGCCAGAAGGCAUUGACGUCGACCCAGAGCUCGACUUACUAGACAUUGCUGGCCAGACGGAUGGCUACAUGCCUGGCGACCUGACAUUGCUCGUCUCGCGCGCGCGAAGCGAGGCGCUCAUUCGAGCCGUGUCCGAAGCAGCCAUCUCCGACGAGGUCACAUUGACAGCCGACGAUUUUCGAGCUGCGCUGAAAGGCUUCACGCCGGCUUCCCUGCGCGGCGUGACACUGCACUCCUCCACUACCACCUUCGCCGCCAUCGGCGGACUGAAAGAGACCAGACAGAUAUUGCUCGAGACGCUGCAGUAUCCUACGACGUACGCACCGCUCUUCGCCAAGUGCCCGUUGCGCCUGCGGUCCGGUCUGCUGCUGUAUGGUUACCCCGGUUGCGGAAAGACUUUGCUCGCCUCAGCCGUCGCAGGCGAAUGUGGGCUGAACUUCAUCUCCGUCAAGGGGCCUGAGAUUCUGAACAAGUACAUAGGCGCCUCAGAGAAGAGCGUCCGGGACCUUUUUGAGCGAGCCGAGGCCGCAAAACCAUGCGUGCUCUUCUUUGACGAAUUCGAUGCUAUCGCGCCAAAGCGUGGCCACGACAGUACCGGAGUGACGGAUCGGGUGGUCAACAUGCUGCUUACCAUGAUGGACGGUGCGGAAGGACUCAGUGGGGUCUACGUGCUGGCUGCUACGUCCAGACCUGAUCUCAUUGACCCUGCUCUGUUGCGACCAGGUAGAUUAGACAAGAGUCUGCUUUGCGAUAUGCCGAGCACUGAUGACAGGCAUGACAUUCUCCAGGCUGUGAGCAAGAAGUUGCGCUUAGACUCUGCUUUGCUCGACAACGGCCAGCAUACUCUGGCCGAGGUAGCAUACAGGAGUGAGGGUUACAGUGGAGCGGACUUGCAGGCCGUUAUGUACAAUGCGCAUCUCGAGGCCAUUCACGACGUGGUUGGCAAUGCGAGCGAUGCGGCGGCCCAUGAUUUUGGCAAACGAAAAACGAGCGCUUCGGCGAAAGGGGGCAGACACCAGGAGUUUACGUACUUCCGCCUUGGCGACGAGAACGAAUCUAAAGAAGUGGCGCCGGCAACUGCUGCAGCAGAGAGGGCCCAGAUUGCGGCAAAGCUGUCGGCAUUGAAGCUUGCGAAAAGCAAGGCCAAGCAAGAGCACCACGUCUCGCAAUCUCGCAGACCUUCUUCAUCAUCGAGUACGUUGAUGAAUGGUACGAGUAAGCAUGAUGAGAAGCAGACCGAGCCGCUUAUUGUUUGGCGGCACCUCGAGAGAAGCCUCGAAACAACUAGAAGCUCGAUCAGCGCGCAGGAGCGUAGACGACUCGAAAGGAUUUACAAAGACUUCGUUGUCGGACGCAACGGAGAAAUGUCUGACGGACAAGGUGGAACGGAGAUAGGUGGAAGAACUAGCCUAAUGUAGUGUCAAGCACUUGCAAGAAGACUAG